GCUCCACAAGCACUUAGUUACUUUUCUGCCUCCCCAGCAUCCUCUUCACUUCCUUUCCUUACAGCUUCUUGCACUGGUGUGUGUGUUCCUCCUUUAAAAAAACCCUAAUGAAUUUGUUUUUCAGCGAUGAUGUUAUCCCAGGAGUUUGUCCAUUCCUUAUUCCUUAUCAUCCCUCUCCAUAUCUUUGAGUAUGAUCUCUGUGGUUUAGAAAUCCCACGUUCCACUGUUGUUAAAGAAAAGUUGCCUUAAACCUUUGCCCUGCAAGCACCAGAAGAGAGCUCAUAAAAAGGAAGACAGCAGCAGAUGCAAUCACGGAUGUGGCUUAGUCCUCGCAGCUGCCGGAGAGCUGUUCAGAGUGUACGAGCCCCAGUCAUGAAUCCAGAAGAACGCGUUGUGACAUGGCUUAUAUCUUUGGGAGUUUUAGAAUCUCCCAAAAAGACUAUCUGUGAUCCAGAGGAGUUUCUGAAGUCCUCCUUGAAAAAUGGGGUAGUGUUGUGUAAACUCAUCAACAGACUUCUGCCUGGUUCGGUGGAGAAGUAUUGUCUGGAGCCCCAAACUGAGGCGGACUGCAUCAACAACAUCAAUGACUUCCUGAAAGGAUGUGCAACCCUUCAAGUGGAAGUAUUUGAGCCUGAUGACCUCUAUUCAGGGGUCAAUUUCUCCAAGGUUCUGAGUACACUUUUAGCUGUCAACAAAGCAACAGAAGAUCAGCUUUCAGAAAGACCAUGUGGACGAUCCUCUUCUCUUAGUGCUACCAACAACUCUCUGACAAACCCACAAGCAGCAGUUCCCAGCACAACUCCAGCGCAGCAAGGCCAGGCAAAGGCGGUGGAGAUGACGGAAAAUGGAAGUCACCAGUUGAUAGUAAAGGCAAGAUUCAACUUCAAGCAGACUAAUGAAGAUGAACUGUCAGUUUGUAAAGGGGACAUCAUUUAUGUCACUCGAGUUGAAGAAGGAGGCUGGUGGGAAGGCACAUUAAAUGGGAGAACAGGAUGGUUCCCUAGCAAUUAUGUCCGAGAAAUUAAACCCAGUGAGAGACCUCUGUCCCCUAAAGCUGUCAAAGGAUUUGACACUGCUCCACUUACCAAGAAUUACUACACUGUGGUGUUGCAGAAUAUCUUGGAUACUGAAAAGGAAUAUGCCAAAGAACUUCAGUCUCUUCUUGUUACUUACCUAAGACCCUUGCAGGCUAAUAACAACCUUACUACUGUGGAGUUUACAUGUUUAUUGGGAAACUUUGAAGAAGUAUGCACAUUUCAACAGACCCUCUGCCAAGCCCUGGAAGAAUGUUCAAAGCUUCCAGAAAACCAGCACAAAGUAGGAGGCUGUCUACUGAACCUCAUGCCUCAUUUUAAAUCGAUGUACCUGGCUUACUGUGCAAAUCAUCCUUCAGCUGUCAACGUGCUCACCCAGCACAGUGAUGAUCUAGAACGAUUCAUGGAAAAUCAAGGUGCACCCAGCCCUGGUAUCCUCAUUUUAACAACAAGUCUCAGCAAACCAUUCAUGCGACUGGAAAAGUAUGUUACUCUCUUGCAAGAGCUGGAACGACAUAUGGAGGACACUCAUCCGGAUCAUCAAGACAUUCUGAAAGCAAUCGUAGCAUUCAAAACACUCAUGGGACAGUGCCAAGAUUUGAGAAAGAGAAAACAACUGGAACUGCAGAUCCUUUCAGAACCUAUUCAGGCAUGGGAGGGAGACGACAUUAAGACCCUGGGAAAUGUGAUCUUUAUGUCACAAGUAAUGGUGCAGUAUGGAACCUGUGAGGAGAAAGAGGAACGGUAUUUCAUGCUGUUUUCAAAUGUCUUGAUCAUGUUGUCCGCAAGUCCUCGGAUGAGUGGCUUUAUCUACCAGGGAAAAAUACCAAUAGCAGGGAUGGCGGUGACUAGAUUAGAUGAAAUUGAAGGGAAUGACUGCACAUUUGAAAUCACAGGUAACGUGAUAGAGAGAACUGUGGUGUAUUGCAACAAUAACCAGGACUUCCAGGAAUGGCUGGAGCAGCUGAACAGACUGACCAGAGGACCGACCUCUUGCAGUUCAUUAUCUAAGACAUCAUCAUCAUCAUGUAGUACUCAUUCUUCUUUUAGCUCUACUGGACAGCCCCGAGGACCCUUGGAGCCUCCUCAAAUUAUAAAACCGUGGAGUUUAAGUUGCCUACGACCUGCACCUCCACUUAGACCAUCAGCAGCUCUAGGUUAUAAAGAGAGGAUGUCUUAUAUCUUAAAGGAAUCUAGUAAGAGUCCCAAGACGAUGAAGAAGUUUCUUCACAAAAGAAAGACUGAGAGAAAAGCAUCUGAGGAAGAAUACGUGAUUAGGAAAAGUACAGCUGCUCUGGAAGAGGACGCUCAGAUCCUUAAGGUGAUCGAAGCCUACUGCACCAGCGCCAAUUUUCAACAAGGUACUCGUAAAGAUUCUGUCCCACAAGUACUACUCCCCGAGGAAGAGAAACUCAUUAUUGAAGAAACCAGAAGUAAUGGGCAGACCAUCAUUGAAGAAAAGAGCCUUGUUGAUACUGUUUAUGCCUUGAAGGAUGAGGUCAAAGAGCUGAAGCAGGAGAAUAAGAGAAUGAAACAAUGCCUGGAAGAAGAAUUGAAGUCGAGGAAGGACCUAGAAAAGCUGGUCCGGAAGCUGUUGAAGCAGACAGACGAGUGCAUUCGAGCUGACAGCAGCAAGACCUCUAUUCUCCCAUAAGCAUCACUGUGCAGCUGAGCCCAGACCUUCAGCACUUGUUGAAAUGGCCAGCUGAAUGAUGAAUGAUUUGACUGUGCACCUCAGCUUCGCUUUGUGUUGGGAUCUCUCUCUCUCUCUCUCUCUCUCUCUCUCUCUCUCUCUCUCUCUCUCUCUCUCUCUCUCUCUCUCCUCCCCACCUUUGUUUGCUUGAGUAUUCAUUACUUGGCUAUCAGUUGAUUGAUAUUUGUUUUAAUAGGGGAAACAACCUAAGUGGUGAAAAAUUGCCCCAAUUGCUAUGCCCAACAGCCCUUUACUACCUAAUUCGCUGAAGGCGAAGCUUCACAGGCUGUGUCUAGAGUAGGUGAAACAACACCUUUGCCCAAUGAUCCAGCUUUCCUUCCCUGGGCUGUCACAUGGCUCCCUUCAACGCUUUAAAAAUUCUUGCCCUGUGUUGUCUGUUAAGAUCAAGAUCAGUGUAAUGCUCUUAUUCCCUUUGUGCUGGUGUACAUUUAAAGUCAGGGGUGUAGGAACUCCAGCUGUCCACACCAGCACUAAGUCCAUCAGCACACUGCUUCAGGUAUCCCACCCCCACCCCCCAGCAAGGCAGAGCAGCUAUUGUUACUGCACUGUAGCUUGCCAGCCGUCUGCCUCUACAUAAGGUUUCUACCUCCCCGAACCCCCUGUGCUUUUAGCCAGCUGUACCAAGUGGUGUGUAAAGCAGUGUGGAUGUGCUUUGCUUAUUUUGUCAGUUACUAUGAGCAGUGGCUUUACCUUGAAUAUUCAAACUCCAACAUUUUCCUUUCUAAACAACCUGGGUGACAAGAUACCAUGCUCUGGUACACACCUUCCAUCCCAUCUUAUUGAGCUCUGGUUUCUGCAGUGAGAAGUUAGAAUCAUCAUUGGCUUCUUUGUAGUGGCUUUGAAUAUGCUGAGCCAGUUAGUAUAUCCUGAGUGAAAGGGCCUCUCCACUCGCUGUGCUGGUUGCUAGUGAAGCUGACUGUCUGAAACUAGUUUGUACAAGUUUUUUUACAAUGACAGACCACUGACUUAGUAAGUAGUCCAGAAAUCUGAACUGUGAGGAAGAUUUAGAAGAGAGACCCAGAAGAACUCUGUACACAAGUCAAAAUGGGCCAAGGCUACAGGAUGGAGCAGCAUAGCGCUUGCCUACCUCCUCAGAUGGUAGGGCAACUUGGCCAGAUGGCAAAGUCACUUUAAAGAGAGGCAGAAAGCCAACAAAGUUUAUAUGUAUAUUUGAUGGGUGCCUGUAAGUGCUGUUUCAAAUCCAAACUCGAGGCCUAAAAUGUUGUUGAGGAACCCUUUUUCUUUCUGGUAUGGAGGCUAUCACAGUUUCCAUAAUUUUAUGGUACAGGGCUAUUGUCUCCUGUCACAUGGAUGACAUAGUACCUACAGGUAGAGAAUUCCUGAAGUCGAAACUCAGACAAUUAGUUGCACACAGCCAUCUUUGACAGCUUGAGUGUAAGUUUCUAAGAAUGGCUGUGGUGUUUCUAAGCUCAGAGGUUUCUAUGAGACAUCUUUCAUGUAAAAAUUUAACAUAAGAAACAACAGUAGUAACACAGAUGUUCACAUGUGUCCUGUCUGUGCUUAGUCAAAAGUUUGCAAUAAAUGUGCAGAUUUUGUUCACAGGAAACACUUUAGUGAUUACCAAAUAAUUUAGUUGAUUGCUUAGGACAUUGAAAGGUCUCUAAAAGGAUGUGCACAGAUGCAUGUUUGGGGACUUUGCCCUUCUAAGGAGAGGCCCUUGGUACUUGGGAUGUUGAAACUUGUGCAGUGGGCUGCCCGCGCUUAUACACUAAAUAAUAUAAAGGAAAUGAAGCCAUGUUAACCCAACAGCCGUGUCUCCAUAGUUGUGUUGUUUACAAUACUCUAUAAAUGGGCUCCUGUUCCUCUGUAAUUAAACUGCUGCCCUUAGAGGCCUUUCAGUUUCUUCUUUGUCAUGUCCCUUCUUACAGGAACUCAGAUUUUCUAAACUUGUUUUUAUUUUAAAGACUUUUAAAAUGGACAUUUUCAAUAAACAAGAAUAAACAGUGCUUUAUAAAUAA